CUCACCUCUUCACAGCAAGCGUGCCCGCCCCCACACGGUACUUAUACCUGACACUGGUUUCAUGCGUCCGAGGUUUCCUUGCACUUACGCUUUACACGUACUUACCUCCAUUGAUCGUUCAGCGCCCUUACUACCUGUCCACGCCAUCGAUCACACGCGGGGGCUCUACACUCGCAGGAAAACCUUUUGUAACCACUCACCCAACCCAAUCCUCUAUCUUGCAUUUGCUCCACUACCAUGUUCCGCUUCAUGGGCUCUGAAUUCAACAGCAAGGGCAAGCAGCGUCAGCAAGAUGCUGACCCCCAACUUCAGGUACAUGUCCAAACCGAAGUUCACUCGAAUCCUCCUUCUGCGGAGAGCCAGGGCUCCCAAGCCCUAGGCAGCACAUCCUCCCUCCCGACUACGCCCUCAAACAGUAAGCGCCCGCUGCCUCCUGGCCUCCGCGUGCCAACACACCCUUACCCAUACUGGCAACAUCAUACGCCGGCAUCAUCUUCCCAGAGCAGCCUCGAAUCACCUAAAACCCCUUCGCAAGUUUCCUGGCUUGGAGGGGCUGCAGGGACCUCGAUUGCUCGUGCCGCAUCAUCAUCAGCACCUAAUCUUCUGCCUCACCACUUCCCGCCACCACCUCCCACCUCACCACCAACAAAUGUUCCACGCACGCGGACCUUACACCCCACUAAGAGCUCACAUUCAUUGCGAGUACCGGUGCAGGAGUACUUUGGGCAGCCACUCUCUCCAAUUGUUGAGCAGGACUAUAUGUCACCUGAGAAGCGUACCACGUCAUUACCGAGCAGCCCUGAUGGCUCUGGUUCUCGUGCGAGUGGUACCACGGGUACUAUGAUGACACCGAUCAGUCCCUCAAUGAUGACCCCAACAAGUGCAGUGGCUAUGUACACCGCACGCCCAACACCCACGCCCACCACCCCGGUCGCUCCUCCACAGUUUGCGAGGCGACGAGAGGAUUCGCUUGUUGGUGACUCACCACGUUCAUCGCCAGUAUAUUCAAAUUUUCUCUCCCGCCCACUGAACAGGUCCAUAAGUAUGUCGUCGACGAGGACCCACCAGUCUGGCAACUCGUUAUCGGCAACACCGCCUGUUAUCCCUCCUCUUGAUCUACGCCCAGCGUUUCCCGGACCCCUCCCCUCGGACACACUUUUGCCCCAGGAUACCGCAGAUGACGAUGAAUCGACGAAACGUGAGAGUUUCGUCACAGCUCGGUCAGCUGGUGCAGUUCGAGAAAGCAGGUACUCUGCUAUGCUUCUAGAACCGGAUCAUGAGCCCCUAGAUGAUCAGGAACUCCCAUCAAGCCGAACCGCGGAGUCAUCUAAGGGUUCCCCCGAACAUCAACAAGAAAUACCCCAGUUACCUCCACCAGCACACACCCACCUACUUACCCGUCCUGCAUCGCGAACCUCAACAUACCCACCCUCAUACUCACUACCACGGCCUCGGGUCAAUCACGAUGGGAUCCCUCCUCCUAGCCAGCGUGAAUCUGUUCAAUCGACGUCAUCUUCAUUCAUCGACCGUCGCUUUGCAGAAUCAGAGCUAUAUUUCGGCUCGCACACAGAAUGCUCUAGCGCGCGCCAGGCCAGCGAGAAAUGGACCAAGCAAACUGAGAAAUCCGACACCGCCCGGACGCUGUUCUGGCUUGGGUUCAUCGCGCCGUGGUGUUGGCUCAUCGGUGGAUGGCUGGUAAAAGCCAAGAAGAAUGAUAGCUAUGGCCGGGGCGGGAGCAUGAUGCCCUUGUGGACGGGCAAGAGCGCGCAGACUGUUGACUCGUUUAAGAUGCAGCCGUUGCACCACGGUUAUCCCUUCGUGGCGCCUUCGGUGCAGAGCUUAAUGCCGCCAGCGUACUCACGAGGGACGCAUUCGGCACAUCCUCGUGGCCCUUUUUUGAUGGCAAGGAGUCCGUGGAUCAGGAGAUGUAGGGUGGCUGCUGCUGUGAGUGGGAUUGUUAUUAUGCUGCUGUUCAUCGUUGCCCUGGUGGUCGUUGGGAAGAGCAGCAGUUGAGUCGAUUUUUGGACAGCUAAUCAUGAAGACUUUGUAUCUGCAUAUCGCAUAUCCUCAAAGUAAAAUGAGCAAAACGAUCUUUACCGUAUAGUACUAUAUUUCUCCAUUGCAGCGUUGAUCAUUCUGCAAACUUAUCAUCAUAGAGACCUGAUUCAGACCUGUAGCACGUCACGAAUACUUAGCACUUUACGAAUACUUGGCACGAAUUCACGAAUACUUACGCUUUACGAAC